AUGAACUCGGGCAUCGGGUCGCCAUACGUGGAUCCUCGCCUGCGGUUUCGCCCUCGGGAGUAUGCUGAUUUUUUGCUGCGCCUGGAUCAGGCGGGCAUGCUAGAGUGGGAAGUCGCCGAACGUCAGGCGGCGUACUCCACAGGUUUCUUCUUCGUCGAGAAGUCGAAUGGCGUCAACCUGCGGCUCGUUUUUGAUACGCGGGUGGCCAACAUGUCCUUCUCUGCCCCUCCUUCUACGAGAUUGCCGACUCCGUCGGCAUGGAGUGCCCUCGAGGCGUCGAAUGACUUCUACGUGGCGCAGGGUGACAUCCAGUGCGCCUUUUAUCACAUGAAGCUGCCGCCCCAGCUGCACCGAUACUUCCCCUUGCCAGUGGCCCCGAAUCGGCACGUGGGUCUCAAGGUGAUCAAUGGUGUCAAGAUCCCGACGAAGGCCUUUCUACAGCCGCUCGUGUCAGUGAUGCCGAUGGGUUGGUCGUGGGCUCUUCACUUCUGCCAGUCGGCUUUAACCGCGGCCAUUCGCGACGCGGGGAUCGAUGACGAUGCGAUGCUGGUGGGCGGUGCAGCACCUCGUCCUCUGCGAAACGAUACCGACGUCAUCGCAGCGGGUUACGUGGGCAACUUCGCCACCGUGUCUCUCGAUCCAGAGGUUGCCGCCGCUUCGUGCCAGGCCAUCCGCGACGUGCUGGUGGCGAGGGGCCUGCCCGUGGACGAGUUCGCCCCCGCGGCGCCUCGCGUCAUCUUCACAGGCCUCGACAUCCUGGGCGACGUGGGCGUCAUCAGGUGCAAGGUGGACCGGUUGUGCAGGCUGCGCCAGGCCCUCCUCGGUCUACUCAGACGAGGCUAUGCAUCGCCGCUUGCGCUGUCCGCCGUGGUCGGUCAUUGCACCUGGGGGAUGAUCACCAACAGGCCCAUGCUGUCGAUCUUCCAUGCAGUCUACCGCUUCAUGGGUCAGGACUCCCGUCGGGCUUUGCCGCUGUGGCCGUCAGUCGUCGCUGAGCUCCGCGCUGCUGCUUCCCUCAUCCCUUUGUGGUGGGCUGAUGUCAGGGCAGAGUGGGCGGCCACCACUUUCUGCAGCGACGCCUCUCCCUACGGCAUUGGCGUCUGUCGCAAGACCGUUGAGCAGGACGUGGCUGCAGCUGCAGGGCGAUUGUCGGAGAGAUGGCGCUACCGCUUCUCCGAUGCCGUGCGCGCUCGUGCGCACGCUUUGGGGGUCGACCCGAAUGUUGUGUUGGAAGCGGCCGUGAGCAAAAACUGCCUCAAAGAUUGCGAGCAGUGCCCGAGGGACGUUCUGGCGCCCGAGGGCUUCGUGAUCCGCUACGUCGCCUCUGCGCCCUGUCGGCAGCCUCAGGCAUUCGUCGCGCAGUGCGAUGCUUCGACGUCGACGGAGCUGAGGACCAAGACGCCGCCAAAGCCAGAACGGCUCGGGCAGGCAGCGCUCUCGGUCGUCGAGUCAGCCGCCGCGUCGGACACGACCAUGGUCAACGACUGGGGCGCGGUCAAGAAGUUCGAGGAGUGGAGCCGUCAGACGUUCCAGACCAUCACCACAGCGGCGGAGGUCGUUGUCAUCCUAGUUACCUACUUCGUGAACCUCUUUCUGGUCAGUUUCGACGAUGCUACGGGCCAAGUCAUGCUCGCCUCAGUGAAGCACUACCUGCGCCCGCCUAUGGCGGGCACGGCGCUGUCCACGGGUGCGGCUCGCGCCUUGACAGGCUGGCGGAAGCUCGCGCCCCCGCAGAUGCGACCCUCUCUUCCACGGGCGGCGAUGGCCUCCAUGGUGGGCGUCCUCGGUUCGUGGAAGCUCUUCGGCAUGGCAGUGUUCAUCAGGCUGAUGAUCGACACCUACCCGACGACCAACGCGGCCUAUCGCCUGUCAGCGGGCGGCGUUCUUCGACCAAGACCCGAUGCCACUCUCGGAUACGGACGUCUGGCCCUGAUCGUCUACGGCGCCUGCUUCGAAUGCCCUGGGAAGACAGAGGAUCGGCAUGGGGGUGCGGCCGACGACUGUCUACCUCGUCGUCGCACCAGGGAGGAGGUCAAGGACCGCGGCCAGUGGAGAACGGACCCGAGCCUCUCCCGCCACACCAAGAGGGCUCGAGUGCUGCAGCAGAUUGCCACUUUAGACCAGAUCCUGAUCGGCCGUGGGCACGGGGUGGGCUCGCUGAUGGACGAUCUCAUGCUGCAGACCACCACCACGGGCGCCCUCUCUCUGCGACGGCCGCUUGCCACGACGCCGACACCGCCAGCGGUCAG